GUAACAGCUCCAGCAGGACAGGUAGGGGGUGAGACUGAUCUCGACUGGGUCAGGGGUCACACUGCCUGCGUCACAAGCUCCUAAGAUGGCGUUUUGAUGACGACGGGAGAAGCGAGGACCCCUGCCCUUGUUUACAAGUGACACCAAUGCAAAGCAUCAAGGGUAGGCGAUGGAGCUCCCAAACUACGCCAGUCAACUGCUUCUCCAGCUCAAUCAGCAGCGCUCCAAAGGCUUCCUGUGCGAUGUCAUCAUCAUGGUCGAGAACACGCUCUUCCGGGCCCACAAAAGUGUCCUCGCCGCCACCAGUCACUACUUCAAGUCCCUUGUCCUUCACGAUAACCUCAUCCACCUUGACCCUGACAUGGUGGAUCCAGUUGUUUUCCAGCAAAUUCUGGAUUUCAUUUACACCGGCAAGUUGGCAGAUGAGACCUUUGAGGGUGUGGAUUUAAGCUCUCUGCUCACCACAGCUAACUUUCUCCAGCUCAAUGACCUCACAAACCUGUGCUCCAGUAAGAUCAACCAAAAUGGGUCCCUCAAUAGCGUGGCUCGUGGAAGCUCCAAAUCUUCAGUUCGCCUGUAUGAAGACCACUCAUCAGACACUGAAACAUACACGUGUAUGACGCCCCCCAAAAAAUGGCAUAAUGCUGAAAGUAGAUGCAUUUCGAGGAAAAAGCAGGACUUGGGGUUGGAUUUGUCUAAGAAAAAUUCAAAUUCUGAGACAACAGGUAACGACGGAGUUUUUCUAUCUAGACCCAUCUCCAACAAUAUGCAGUUGGGAAUAAAUGGGAAGUGUGUUCCAAAGGAAGAGAAGUGGAUAAUUCCUUUGGACGGAGCUCAGGAAAGAAAAAGGGAGGGAUCCCGAAGAAAAUCUAAGGUCAAUGGUUACAUUCCUCUUAGCAGGGCUGGAAGUCAGUCAAGCCAGAAUCAGACCUUCACUUUACAGUUGUCUGUAAAGAAAGAGAAAGGAAUUGGAGGGAAAACAGAUGAAAUUGACGGCCAAAAACCAAACAAUGGCAGCACCAAUUUUGUUUAUCAAAAGGAGACCUUUCUCAAAGAAGCUGAAGGGGACAACCCAUACGUUUGUAUCCCAUGCGAAAAGGGUUUUCCCUCCUCGGAGAGUCUUAAAUCCCAUGUGGAAAGCCAUUUGGAUGAAGAUCUGGAUGUGAAGGUUGAGGAUGAGGAGGAAGAGGAACGUGACGGAGACACUGGAGCCACCAGAGUCUCGCCGGAAGCUCCCGAAAGCCUGGAUCAAAGUCCGUUAAAGUCCCUCAAAGAUGUCGACACCGUGCGUCCCUUCCCUUGCAACAUUUGCGGCAAGAUGUUCACGCAGCGUGGCACUAUGACCCGCCACAUGCGCAGCCACCUCGGUCUAAAGCCAUUUGCGUGUGAGGAGUGUGGCAUGCGCUUCACCAGGCAGUACCGCCUCACUGAGCACAUGCGUGUCCAUUCAGGGGAGAAACCGUAUAAGUGCCAGGUCUGUGGUGGGAAAUUUACGCAACAAAGAAACCUCAUUAGUCAUAUGCGGAUGCAUACCUCAGUAUCUUAGAACAGGUCAAAGAGCCCUAAACUAGGAUAACACAGAAACCCAGAGUUCUUUUAACUAGGGUUCAGUUUUCCAACAAGUUCUCCAGAACACUACAAAGAUUCCUCUAGAUCUUCUUUACAGGGGUUUCCUUUUUGAGCUAAUGAAGGGUUUAGUUUCACCCACAAAUCUUCUACGAUUCUGCAAAGAGUCAUCUAGGUUAAAAAGGAAACCUCUGUAGUGUAAUCUACAACACAUGUCAAACUCUGGUCCUGGAGGGCCACUGUCCUGCAGAGUGUAGCUCCAAAACACCUGCCUGGAAGUUU